AAACCACUAAGAUAUUCUUGCUGCUUUAGCAAACACAUGUUUAAUACAUCACUGAAUGGAUUGGAUAUUCAACUAUUCAUCAGAAUCAAAAUGAUCCAUAACCACAAAUAUGGCAAAAAGUCACAACUCUGUUGUGUUCACCUUAGAUAAACCACCUAAACAAAUUCACCCCAUAAAAUGGGUGUAUAUAUCACGUAUCAGAGUACGAUUCACAGAUAAUAGACAUUUGUGCUCUGGUUGUAAAGAACUCAGAUGAAUGCCUGUAAUGCAUCAUGGGCUCAUUACUCGUAGCCAUUACGGUCAAGUAUGGCCUGAGAAUUUUUGUCACCACCCAUCACAGUGAAGAGCAUUGUCCAAUGAAAGAGCUUGAAUUAUUGUCACCAAUAAUUAAUAAAGUUAAUGAUGAUUUGCCUUUUCUUUUCAAACUUUCUGUUAGGUAGUUCGCCAAAACAAUUUCACGUACGGAAAAUGCAUUUAAAUAAUCUUCACCAUAUCUGACUUUAUUUCAGUCUAAUGAUGAUACGAUAUUAAGGGCAAAUUUUCAACUUAUAAAAGUAACUUAGAUUAUUAGGCAUUUUUCUGGAAACAAAAUUGUAGUUAGUACAUAAAGUUUUCUUCUUUUCUUUUUUUUUUUUUAAAAAAUUAAUUUCAAUUCACAUUAUUUCAGCGUAGGAGUAGUAAAAUAUGCAAAACAUACGCAUACAUGGUACUAUUUCCUAAUUAAUAUAAACUGAUUGCUAAUGCAGGUAGGUUGGUUAAAUGACACCAUUGGUGCAUUUCCUAUCAAUAAUCCAUCGUUUCCAAAAGUAGAUGAUUAAAAAAAUCACUAGGGUGCAAUCAUACGAUAGCAAUGGCAUAUUAAUCUUACGUACCUAGGUUGAUAUGCCACUCACAUCAAAACCACAGUAUAGUAAAUUUUGUUGUUCGUGCACCACAUACUGGGGACAUUGUUUAUUGCUUGUACACAUAUGCAUGCCAUAUUUGAUUUGAGUAUAAUUUCAAUGGAAAAUGGAUCGAUGGUGCGUUUCCAAUGCAGUAAGCACAAAGGAAAAACAACUUACUGGAAUGCAGUGCCAAAUACCUUAUGUCUGGCUUAUAAGGUGGGAAAGAAUCAUACUGACACUCAAGUUGGCAAAUCUUGCUGCUCAUGACCAUCUGCAAGUAGUAGAAUUAGAGUACAACAACAAAUCCAUUGCAACACCUCAGAAGGGGACGUGAUUUUUAGCCGCCGCAUUAGUCACAAAGCAUUCUUAUUAUUGUUUUUACUACCAUAUAACCUGCUGUAAUAUGCAGCAAAAGAACCAAAGUUAAACAGGUGGCAUCAAGUAUUUUGAUUACCCAAGUUUCCAUUCCAAAAAAUAAAUAAAUAUCUUGUCAUCAAGUUUUGCAUCUAUGAAUAGGAGAAAUCAAAGGUGCAUUAUUGUGGAGAAUAUCACAUUAAUAAAACAUCAGUUUGUAGAUUUCCACAUUCCAUAGUUUCAUCGAUUGAGAUUAGACCAAUGAAAAUGUAUCUCUAUAGAUAAAAUUUCCUGCUUGCUGAAAUAGGCUUAAUAAAUCAGCUAAUAAAGUGUCAAAAAGGUAAGGGCCCAUGUCCUAUUACCUUGAGCCUUUAUAUAGUGCAUAAGGUAAGCUCAAACAAUGGGAUCUAUGACAUUAGGAUCCUCGUUGGUGGGCACUUGCUUAUUCAAUUGAGUUCCUUUCCAAGGAAUAGAAAGAUUGAAAGUAACUGCAAAUAAAUUUUGUUCUGGCUUUAAGCUAGUUGAUCUCGAAUAUUGCAGUAUAUAGAAGAGAGCUUAGCUACCUUUCUCAACCACCUAAAACACAGAGAGAUUAUGGCAAGCGAGAAAAGUAACAAGUUUCUUACCAGGGUAAAACCCUUUGCGGCUGUAAUCUUUCUGCAAUUUGGGCUUGCAGGAAUGGAUCUCAUAUCCAAAGCUGCACUUAACGAAGGAAUGAGCAAUUAUGUAUUUGUGGUUUACCGCCAUGCUGUUGCCACGGCUGUCAUUGCCCCUUUUGCCAUCAUCCUGGACAAGAAAAUAAGACCAAAGAUGACCCUCUCAACUUUUGUCAAACUCAUGGUUCUCAGCCUACUUGAACCAGUCAUAGACCAGAAUCUCUACUUCUUGGGCAUGAAAUACACUACAGCUACGUUUGCUGCAGCAAUGUGCAACAUUCUACCGGCGAUAACGUUUGUGAUGGCUUGGUUAUUCAGGCUUGAAAAGGUGAAGUUUAAGAGCAUCAAUAGCCAAGCAAAGAUAGUUGGAACUCUUGCCACAGUUGGAGGAGCCAUGAUCAUGACUUUAGUAAGAGGACCCAACCUCCACCUUCCGUGGACAGAAGGAACUGGCAGUCAGGUACAUCAAACUGGUGUCAUCGACCUUCAACAUGCAAUCAAAGGUGCGGUGUUUAUUACAAUAGGAUGUUUGAGCUGGGGUUGCUUCAUGAUCUUGCAAGCAAUUACUCUGAAAACAUAUCCAGCAGAGCUCUCUCUCACUGCUUGGAUAUGCACUCUGGGAACCGCUGAGGGAGCUGUAGUGGCACUAAUAAUGGAAAGGGGAAAUGCUGCAGUAUGGUCCAUCAAUUGGGAUACAAAAUUCCUCGCAGCUUUAUAUAGCGUAAGAGAAUGGUCCUUAUGGAUCUAUAAUAUUGAAUAUUUAAUAUGAUUGGAAAACAAUAUCCACUAAUAAGGAAAAUAAGUAAAUCUAAUCAUUUAGUUAUUCCAUCAUAAGGAUCUAGUUCACUGCCAAAGUUUUGAGGAUUGAGCAUGGUCAGCGAGAGUGUCUUAAAGUGAAAGGAAUCUUAGUUACUGGUAUCAAGGGAAAAUUCUGAUCAAUAACAAAGUCACUACACUAAAGAAACACUACACCAGAUUGUUGCUGUUCUACGAACCAAAUUACAGCACUUGAUUUGCUGAUAACACUACUUGUUUAAUUCACUGAUUUUGAAAUUACAUAUAUUCAGGGAGUGUUUUGUUCAGGGCUCGCAUAUUACAUCCAAGGAAUAGUCAUGAAGGAAAGAGGGCCUGUUUUUGUUACAAGUUUUAGUCCAUUAAGCAUGGUCAUUGUUGCUAUCUUGAGCUCUUUCAUUCUGCGAGAAAUACUGUACCUCGGAAGGUAAUCAUUAAAGUGUUUACUACAAAUGGAGUUUGUACCUAGUGAACCACAAAUACAAAGCUAACACCAUUCUUUACAGGCUGAUGGGAGCCAUGGUUAUUGUUGCUGGUCUAUAUCUGGUUGUUUGGGGCAAAAGAAAGGAUUAUGAGUCACCAUCCAUUGAAGAUUUAUCCUCUGAUGAGCAAAUGACAAAUGCAAACAGUACAAAUAAAGAGAAUUUCAAUCACGAGGUCAUUACAAUUGAUAUACCUAAAGAGGGGACUUUCAGUACAGAUGGAGUAAGAGCCCAAAAAACUGCAUCCUAGCUUCUAAAUGUGCCUUCUGAAAUGACACUUAACUCCAAAUUCCUUAUUCAUGAUGGGGAAAAUGGAAGGUUCUCUUCCCUAGUAUCCUUUGUAGUCUUCUACGUGACAAGACCGCAAGACGGAUAACGUAAUGGCAGCAAAUAAGGCGAAGAAUCACCUAACUAAUACAAUGUUUCUUUAUAUAUCACGUUAAGAGAGACAUUAUUGAGCUCAGUGUUGAUGAUAUCGAGGUUCCCUUUGUCAUGCCUUGGUUUUAAACAACAGCAUGCACACGAAAUUUAAAGCAAAUAUCAGGCAACCAUUGGUUUAUUGUUGUUAUUGCCGACGUCCAGAUUUGUGUGUCUAUAGCUAGAACAUCUAUAUGUUCCGUGGCUCUGUAUUCUCAAUGAUAAACGUUUUAGCAUUCAAUGACAAGAGACUACUCUAACGUCAAUUUAUUGAAACUUCACAUACAAACUGUUUUCUGUGGUUUUAAAUAAGCAUGUGGUAAAUUCCCCAAAAUAAACUUGGCCAAAUAACAAAUGUUUCC